GCCGUCGUCGAUUGACGGGCCGGUCCAUUGACUCCAUUCUCAUGCUGCACGCCCGUUCUCUUCUUCCCGACCUUUGCCAUCGCCAAGUGCUAACCAGGCCAGGGUUCGGGUUCUAAGCGCUCGGCAUAAACACUUCCGGGACGGGAUUCUCUUCCCCGGAUUUACCCCGGACAACAGCCCUCCGCCCUCGCGAUCAUGGGCAACGGUAUCCGUACAUACGCUGCAAUCCAGUGGGGCGGUUCGGGAAUGUCGCUUAUUUACCACCGAGCAAGAAUUUCGAAGAUGCUACCUCUCUCUCACACCGCAGAGACGGCCCCUAUCACGAGGCGUCCAUGCAUCCCAGGGUUCGUUGAGCGUUAACCAUGUCGGGGUUCUCUUUCCCAGAUGACGGGUGUCCCAAGAAGACGCCACGACAAGUCAACGAGAAGAAGGACUCCGACCCAACGAGCGUCACGCGAGGGCCCGCUCCUCCUCCUCCGCAACCGGGCUCGGAGGACGCCGAGGUAAGCGAUAUCGCCGCCGUCGCUGGAGAGGACACCGACCAGAGCCAGGGCCUGACUGCAAGUCCGGGACUCCCGUUCUCGAAAGCGCGAUGCAUCGCUCUCGUGGCUACGCUGACGGGGGCCAGCUUCCUGAAUAGCUUGUCCGGGCAGGCGUGCGUCAUCGUCCUGCCAACCAUAGGCGAAGCGCUCGACAUACCCGAGUCGCGGCUGCAGUGGAUCGUGUCGGCCUAUGCGCUUACCUUUGGUUGUUUCCUGCUCUUCUGGGGCAGGGCGGCCGACAUCUACGGGAAGCGCAACAUCUUCAUCGGGGGCUCGGCCUGGUUCGCUCUGACCACGCUCGUCAACCCGUUCCUGCCGAACGAGAUCGUCUUUGAUUUGUUUAGGGGGCUGCAGGGCCUGGGCGCCGCUGCUAAUGUUCCGACAGCUAUCGGAAUCCUGGGAACGACAUUCCCGCCGGGCAAGGCAAAGAACUACGCAUUUAGCUGUUACGCCGCCGGCGCCCCCUUGGGUGCCGUCCUCGGCAACUUACUUGGCGGCAUCAUCUCCGAGUAUGCUUCCUGGAAAUGGGUGUUUGUGGUUAUAGCCCUCGCGGCCCUUGCCAUCAGCGCAGCGGCCUUCUUUGUCAUCCCUCUGCCCAAACAGGUGCUUGAGGAUCAGGAUCCCGCAGGCAGAGCGUCUAUCGACUGGCUAGGCGCUGUGCUAAUCACGGGCGGCCUACUGGCCCUCCUCUUCGCCCUGACCGAGGGGAACGUUGUGGGUUGGCGUACGCCAUGGAUCCCAGUGCUCAUCGUUAUCUCAGUCGUUCUGGUCUCCCUCUUCGCCUUCUGGCAGCGUCACCUCGAGAAGACCGGAAAGUUGGCACCCCUCAUGAAGGUGUCCAUCUUCGGCAACCCGCAAUUCAGUGCUGCCAUGGCGAUCAUGGCGCUCUCCAUGAGUGGGUUCAACGGCUUCCUUGUAUACGCAACGUACUUUUACCAGGACUACCAGGGGAACAGUCCCCUGCAGACCACUCUGCGGUUCAUGCCGACCGGCAUUACCGGCUUCAUCACGGCCGCCGUUGUUUCGCAGCUACUGGCCAGGGUGCCGACAUACCUUAUGCUGGUGGUCGGCAAUGUUUGCAUUUGCAUUUCGACCCUCCUGUUCGCUGCCCCCAUCCCACCCGAGACCGUGUACUGGGCCUGGUCGUUUCCGGCCAUGAUACUUUCAGUCUUUGGCGCCGACACGGCGUGGCCUUGCCUGUUCCUCUUCACCAGCCACUCGCUGCCGCAAGCAGACCAGGCCCUCGGCGGUGCCCUUGUCAACGCGAUGGCGCAGGUCGGCAGGGCCAUCGGACUGGCGGUAGCCACGGCGGUCCAGACGGCCGUGAUGGCGAGGGAGAGGGGUGUCAGCGUCGAAGACGCAGGCUCCGUCGAGAGAGGGGACCUGCCGUCGCUUCUUGGGAUCAGGGCGGCCGAAUGGUGGAACUUCAGCCUGGGAAUGGCCGCUCUUGCCGUCGUGUUGGCCGCGUUCAGGGGAUCUGGCAUCAUAGGCAAGGUGCCGGUUGUGAGAGCCGAGAAGCCAGCGCAAACGGUCAGCGGGCGGGAUGAGGCGGCCGGAAAGAUCUGACAGCGCAUAGACUAUUCACCAAGCG